UGGUCCCAUACAUCCAAGGAGCUGACUCUGUUCUUCUCUUAUUUUGUCUUAUAGGGAAACAUUUGGAAAUGGCAGUGGCUUUCUGCAACCUCAAUACGGAGACUGGCCUAAAGAAGCUUGAUGAGUAUCUACUGACGAGGAGUUACAUCACUGGAUACCAAGCUUCAAAGGAUGAUAUUAAUGUCCAUGUAGCUCUUUCUGAAGCUCCUUCAUCUAAUUAUGUGAAUGUGUGUCGGUGGUUCAGCCACAUCGAUGCUCUUCUAAGGCUUUCUGGUGUUGAAGAAGGUCAGGGUGUAACCAUAGAGGGGUCUACUCCAGCGGAGGCUAUAGCAACUCCUCCAGUGGCUGACACAAAGGCUCCAGCAGCUGAGAAUGAUGAUGAUGAUGAUGACGUGGAUCUCUUUGGAGAAGAGACAGAGGAGGAAAAGAAAGCUGCUGAAGAACGUGCUGCAGCUGUCAAGGCAUCUGGGAAGAAGAAAGAGUCUGGGAAGUCCUCUGUUUUGUUGGAUAUAAAGCCCUGGGAUGAUGAAACCGACAUGAAAAAGCUUGAAGAAGCAGUCAGAAGUAUUCAGAUGGAAGGCUUGCACUGGGGUGCAUCUAAGCUUGUACCAGUUGGAUAUGGUAUAAAGAAGUUGCAGAUCAUGAUGACCAUUGUGGAUGAUUUAGUGUCUGUUGAUACUCUUAUUGAAGAGCAACUUACUACUGAACCAGCGAAUGAACACAUUCAGAGCUGCGAUAUCGUGGCGUUCAACAAAAUCUAGAGGACUCCGAUUUUGCGCAUUGAGGAAGAUGAAGUAGCCGCUAUUACGAAUGGUUGAACGGUCUUGGCAUGCAUUUAUUUUAAUUUUUUUAUCCGUUAACCUUA